GAGCCACGGAUAAACCGAGCGCAGCAGAGCGCGAGCGCGAGACGGAGAGAAGGAGCGUGCGGGUUCAUUCCUGACAUUAACAAAAAUGCAAAUGAUUACAUUAUUCCAGAUCGUUUCUGCCUUAUUAUUGGCACUGGCUGCCAAUGCAGAGGUGUACUUUAAAGAGCAGUUUCUGGAUGGAGAUGCCUGGAAGAGUCGAUGGCUGAACUCCGAGCACAAGUCUGACUAUGGCCAGUUCAAACUGACUGCUGGAAACUUCUACGGAGACGCUGAGAAAGACAAGGGUCUGCAGACCAGCCAGGAUGCCCGUUUCUACGCCACCUCCGCCCGCUUCGAGCCCUUCAGCAACGAGGGCAAACCUCUGGUGAUCCAGUUCACCGUCAAACACGAGCAGAAGAUCGACUGCGGAGGCGGAUACGUUAAAGUCUUCCCGGCUGAUCUCAACCAGGCUGACAUGCACGGAGACUCCCAGUAUUACGUCAUGUUCGGGCCGGAUAUCUGUGGCUACAGCACCAAGAAGGUUCACGUCAUCUUCAACUACAAAGGCAAGAACCACCUCAUCAAGAAAGAUAUCAAAUGCAAGGAUGAUGAAUUGACUCACUUGUACACACUGAUUCUGAAUCCGGAUCAGACGUACGAGGUGAAGAUCGACAACGAGAAGGUGGAGUCCGGCUCUCUGGAGGAGGACUGGGACUUCCUGCCCCCGAAGAAGAUCAAGGACCCCGAAGCCAAGAAACCUGAGGACUGGGACGACCGCGCCAAGAUCGACGACGAGACGGACACCAAACCUGAGGACUGGGAUAAGCCUGAGAAUAUUCCCGAUCCAGACGCCAAGAAGCCAGACGACUGGGAUGAGGAUAUGGACGGAGAGUGGGAACCCGCCGUGAUCCCAAACCCGGAGUAUAAGGGUGAGUGGAAACCCAAACAGAUUGACAACCCUAACUACAAGGGCCUCUGGGUGCAUCCUGAAAUCGACAACCCUGAAUACACUCCGGAUGCUGAGAUCUACAAAUUCGACAACAUUGGAGUCAUUGGGCUGGAUCUCUGGCAGGUGAAGUCCGGCACUAUAUUUGACAACUUCUUCAUCACAGACGACGUGAAGGAAGCUGAGGAUUUCGGAAAUGAAACGUGGGGUGCUACAAAGGGUCCCGAGAAGAAAAUGAAGGAGGAACAGGAUGAGAAGAAACGCAAAGAGGAGGAGGAGGAGAAGAACAAGGAGCAGAGCACAGAAGCAGAUGAGGGGGAGGAGGAGGAGGAUGAAGGCGAGGAGGAAGAGGAGGAGGACGAGGCAGACGAGUCUCCAGAGGAGGAAGGAGACAAUGAUGCGCUUCCCAAAGACGAACUGUAACGCAGGAAGUAGAUUACCAUCCACAUUCCGUGGUUGCCAGGGAAACGACUGCAGUGCAUUCAUUCUAAACGCGGCGCUCUUAGAGAGGGCGAUGACGUCGUGAUGAUGUCAUAGAGGGCGACCGGCAGUCCUCAACCCAUAUGUUUAAUUUGUGACCAUUGACCCUUAACGAGCCAGUUUUUUUUUUGUUAUUGAUUUUUUUUGUUAUUGAAGUUACCAGGAGUCUUUUAAUGCUGAUCUAUGAUCAGUUCAUUGUGCCUUUCAUGUUUGUAAAAUCAAUGCCCAUAUUAGUACAUGACGAUGGUGUUAGCUUGAAGGAACUAGACUAAAAUCAUGAAGUUUACUUGAAUUACAGUUAUAAUUAUGGAAGCCCGUUUUCACCACGGAGUACAAAAAUAAAAAAAGAUCAUUUUUAGCGACGUUUAGCUCACAAUUCAGACGACUUCAUGUAAUUAUUGGUUUAUAUCUCACAAUCGGGACUUUUUGUCUCAGAGUUCGGAGGAAAAAAAAAGUAAAAGUUGUGAGAUUUAAACUUAUAAAACUUAGAAAAAAUCUGAAUUGUAAGAUUUAAACUCGAAAUUGUGAGAUGUAAACUUGAAAUACUGAAAAAAAAGUCAAAAUUGUGAGAUUUAAACUCAAAAAUGCGAGAUAUAAAGUAAAAAUUGUGAGAUAUAAACUCAUAGCUCUGAGAUAAAAUUCUGCAUUGUGAGAAAUCGUAUUUAUCUGAAUUUUUUUAUUCUGUGGUAGAAAAAAAAACAAUUCAGAAAAUCCGAAAACUGCGAUUUAUAUCUCGCAAUUCAGACCAACUUUUUUUUUUUUUUUUUUUUUUUUUUUUUUUUUUUUUUUGUGCGAAAUGAAGUCUGAACUGUGACAUAAAAAGUCAAAAUUAUAUUUUUAUUUAUUUUUAUUUUUUUCUGUAGUGGAAACGGACUUCCAAACACAUUAAAGAAUGUUACUGGGAUGUUACACAGCUUGAACAGUUGUUUCUCCUCAUCGCAGAAAUGUGAUGAAACGGAAGAAUGGAGGAUGGUGAUUUUCGCCCUAUUGUUAUUAAUAAGAGAUUAAUCCGAUCACAGGCUGGGUUUCAAACUCUAGUCCUCAUUUCUGAAACAUGAGCAGAACAAAAUCAUGUUUGGGUAGAUUAUUGCAGGAAAACACAACGAUAUACACAAAUUCAUUCUGCUUGUAUUUCAUCAACGAGGACUGAUGAAUGUUUGUUCUGUAGUGCAAAAGAAAUUUACAACGACGUAAUGUUCCCUUGGCACUGAAGAUUUAGUUUUGUUCUGUAACCGCAGCAUGUGUGCUGUGGUGGUUAUCAUAUGAAUCUCCUAAACAAGAUAUUCAGUAAAAUUCCUUUUAUUUUCCAGCUCUAUUUAUUACAAAUGUCUUGCAGUUUGAGUUUGUUUUACCCUUUCAGAUUAUCAGUGGCAGUCGCAUUUGUGAUGUUCAGUUUGAAGCUGAUGUAAUUAUUAUUAUUUUUUUUAUAUAUAUAUAUAAAAUCUUUUGUUACUUGAAAAUAAAUGAGCUACAAUAAGGGAUGUGGUAAUAGUUGCAGAGAUCUCAAGGCUGCAUUAAAAUACACACUGUGAACUAAAUCCUAAAUGUUCAAAUUGGAUUAAUACUGAAAAUCCUGUUUAGUGACAUUAAACCACCUUUUUACAUGUUGAGAAAGUUGCCAAAGUUUUAAUAAAUAACUUUAUUGUA